AUGCACGUGGAGCCCCAUCUGCGUGGUGCAUUCUUUGUAGCCCUGCCUCGUGAUUUCGAACACGAUAGUCUGCACCUGGUGGGAGGCGACUUCAACAUGCCUCUCCACCCAUCCAUCGAUGCCUCGACACUGCACUCAAGUCACGGGAAUGGCAAAACCAACUGUGUGGAAUGGCUCACAGCAUUUGGUGUGAUCGAUGUAUGGCGUCAGCUCAAUCCAUCCACACGCCUGUUCAGUGGCCCUGGGCGAGUCAAUCGGCUGGACUACCUCUUCCUGCAUGACGAGUUGGCUUCCCAUCUCAACCCCAAGGCCAGAUAUGACCCCAAUGGCUGUGGUGGCGACCAUCUCACCCACACUGUGACUCUGUCCCAAAGUCUUUGCACCACUACCAAGGGCUACUGGCGACUACCACGAGAGCUGUUGUCCGACCCCAACAUCCAACGUGCCAUCACCAUGGAGGCCACCACUCUUCUUGGCAAGAUGCGAGCUGACGAGACCCUCAACCAUG